AAAUCACCUCAGGAGUGUUCAUCUCCACCAGCGGUUUUCAUUGUAUUUUUAUAUUCUCCUUGAAUUGUCAGUUCAGGUUUUCGUGCAUAUUUUGGUUUAACUGCACAAAUGCAGACACAUUUCAGUGACAGAAUGAAUUUGAUUAACAGUUAAGUAGGAUGAGGAAAAUGAUGGAUUCUUUUGAUAGGAUGAAACGAGGAGGGAGAGACAGUGACCAGGACUCAGCAGAGGAAGGCACUGCCGAGAGUGCUAAGAAACCAAGGACGACUCGCGAGUGCUCGCAGCCUUGUGACUGGGGUAACCUUCUGCAGGACAUCGUCCUCCACGUUUUUAAGUAUUUGCCUCUUCUUGACCGGGCUCAUGCUUCCCAAGUGUGCCGGAAUUGGAAUCAGGUAUUUCACAUGCCUGACUUGUGGAGAUGUUUUGAAUUUGAACUGAAUCAGCCAGCUACAUCUUACUUGAAAGCUACACAUCCAGAGCUGAUCAAACAGAUUAUUAAAAGGCAUUCAAAUCAUCUUCAGUAUGUCAGCUUCAAGGUGGACAGCAGCAAAGAGUCGGCUGAAGCUGCUUGUGACAUAUUAUCACAGCUUGUGAACUGCUCUUUAAAAACACUUGGACUUAUUUCAACUGCUCGGCCAAGCUUUAUGGAUCUACCAAAGUCUCACUUUAUCUCUGCACUGACAGUUGUGUUUGUAAACUCCAAAUCCCUGUCCUCACUUAAGAUAGACGACACCCCAGUAGAUGACCCAUCCCUUAAAGUCCUAGUGGCCAACAACAGUGACACACUCAAGCUGCUAAAAAUGAGCAGCUGUCCUCAUGUCUCUCCAGCAGGGAUUCUGUGUGUGGCUGAUCAGUGCCAUGGCUUACGGGAACUGGCCCUGAACUACCAUCUGCUGAGUGAUGAGCUGUUGCUCGCACUGUCCUCUGAAAAGCACGUUCGAUUAGAACAUUUGCGCAUUGAUGUUGUCAGUGAGAACCCUGGACAGACACACUUCCACACUAUCCAGAAGAGCAGCUGGGAUGCCUUCAUCAAACACUCACCGAAAGUCAACCUAGUGAUGUAUUUUUUUUUAUAUGAAGAGGAGUUUGACCCAUUCUUUCGUUAUGAAAUACCCGCCACUCAUCUUUACUUUGGGAGAUCAGUCAGCAAAGAUGUUCUUGGCCGUGUGGGCAUGACCUGCCCAAGACUAGUAGAACUGGUAGUGUGUGCCAAUGGGUUGCGGCCCCUUGAUGAAGAGUUAAUUCGCAUUGCAGAACGUUGCAAAAAUUUGUCAGCUAUUGGGCUGGGGGAAUGUGAAGUCUCAUGUAGUGCCUUUGUUGAGUUUGUAAAGAUGUGUGGUGGCCGCCUGUCUCAGUUAUCCAUUAUGGAAGAAGUGUUAAUUCCUGACCAAAAGUAUAGUUUGGAGCAGAUUCACUGGGAAGUGUCUAAGCAUCUUGGCAGGGUGUGGUUUCCAGACAUGAUGCCUACUUGGUAAGGGACUGCAUGACACAGGGCAUGAUACGUGAGUCGCGCCUUCAGUUGAAGAAGCUGUCUUCUAAUAAAAGUUUAUAUGCUCUGGA